ACUAACGAGAGUUUUGACAGCUGGCCGUAGCAUUUUCAUCAAAUCCGAUUUUUGCCUCAAAUCACAAAAAAUCUUUCGCAAAAAUCGUGCAAAUUGUCGCGAGAUUCCGGUUGAUUCGGUGCGGCACCACUUCCGCCGGGUACGGUCCAUCGGGUGGUGCGAAUCGGAGUGAAUAUCCUGUGCGAAAAGCGGUCCCAAAGUGGGUGAAACCAUUUUUGUUUUCAUCUUUGACGUCGGUCGCGGUCGCGAAGAAGCUCGGAAGUGUGCGUGUGUGUUCUUCCCAAAUUUGCCGCGUUACUUUCGAAGGGGCUCUCAAUUUUCGGGUGGACCAACGUGGUGUGUGGCCAGUGUCAUCCGUGGCCGCCGUCGGUGGAAGGGCUAGAAUCUGGGCGAUCCGGACUCCGUGAAAGGGGAGUGGCUGUUGGGAGUGUGACCAUUGGAGACCGUUCUGUUUACAUUUUGCUGUCCCUGACAGGAGGAGGAGUAGGAAGAAGGAGUGGUGACAACUUGUGCAAGUUUCCCGCUUUGGGGUGGCCUUGAACCAGAACCUGGGGCGGAAACUUUUUAAACGGAACCAACUUAAUCAUCGAUCCACAGUGAUAACCGUAUGAUGUGUUUGAAACUUCCGGAAGAAAGCUGGUAGAAAUAUCCCCGAAGGAAGAAUCAUGUCCAAGACGGCGACACUGUCGGUGUCGGCUGCUGCAGGAGCUGGGGCCGCGGCCGCAGGAGAGUUUGAUGUGCCCGGCUUCGAGCAGCGGUUGCGGGACCUCAAGGAUACCCAGGACAGCAUCCAGCAACUGUCGGCGUGGUGCCUCCAGCGGCGAGCGCACCACAAAAAGAUCGUCAACAGCUGGCUGAACGUGCUGAAGCAGGUGAAAGUGGAAAGCCGGCUCACGCUGUUCUACCUGGCGAACGACGUCAUCCAGUAUAGCAAGCGCAAAAACUACGAGUACGUGGACAGCUGGGGCACGUACCUCCAGAAGGCGACCACGCUGGUGCGCGACGAAAAGGUGAAGCACAAGAUUCUGCGCAUCUUCAAGAUCUGGGAGCAGCGCGAGGUCUACAACGACGAGUUCCUGGCCGAUCUGAACGGGCUGCUGAGCGCGACCACCUCGUCCAGUGUUGCUGCGGCUGCCGCCGCUAAGAAGAGCCAAGAAUCGGCGGAAAGGACGGGAAAUUCAACGUCGUCGUCGUCGUCGGGUGCAACGCUGGCCACCGGACCGACCCGGCUAGCGGAGACGAAGCAGGCGGUGGCCGCGGCCGCCGCCGUGAUAGUUUUGGACAUUGAGGACUUCCAGACGGCGUCGCUCGUGUCGACCAUCAAGGAGUGCGUCAAGAACGAGAACGACACGGACACGACGUUCAAGAGCUUGAACAAGACACCGUUUGUGGACGUGGAGGCGGUCAAGAAUUCGAUCAAGGGGAAAGAUAGAAAGAGCGUCGAGGAUAUUGAGCGUGAGAUUGAGGAGAACUUGGUACAUUACCAGAGUUACGUGCACAGCUUGAAGACGGAGUUGAAGUCGCGGCGAAUGUUGAUCAGUUUGCUGGAGCAAGCCGAAACCUUUUACCAUAGUCAACGGGGGGAGGUGAAGGUGGUGGCCAAUGCUUACCGUAACUUUGGCAAUCGGCUGAAAAGUAUGAAGAAAAAGCUGGACGAGCUGACGACGACGCUGCCGAGUCCGAUCCCGUCGCCGGACAUAAACGCGCCCUCACCCGAGCCGGACAUGGAUCUGCAGCUGCCGGACGAGCAGAGCUACUUCAACAUGAACGGGAUGAUGAACAGCAGCUACAUGGACGGCAACCUGCCGUUCGAUAUCAGCGAUUUCCGGCGCGAGUCGUCCUCCAGCACGGUGCAACCAAUACAGGUGAUCAACUCGAGAAAGGAAGAAUCUGAAGGGGUGAACGACUUUCUAAAGUCAUUCUUUCCGGAUACCCCCGGGCGGAACUACCCGCUCAGUGGAGGUCGUCCUCCAGCUCAACAGCAGCAGCCAAACACUCCCCAGCGACCUUCCGCCGGAGGGUUUGGUCCCAGCAGCAACGCGUCGAUGGAUGAUUACGGAGGUGGAGGAGGUCCCGCGGAUUACACGGCCGGACUCAACAGCUACGGCGUACCUUCCAACGUGGUCGGAGGAGGAACCGACUACGGCCUGCCCGGGUUGGGUGCUCGACCUAACAAUCAUCAUCCGGGAGCGGGCAUGGGCAUGAACCGGAACUACGGCGGAGGAGGUCCUCAGUACAACCAACCGAUGCUAUCGGAUUAUUCCGGUGGACGAGGGCCGCCGUCGGGAGGACGUGGUCCGCUCCUACCUCCCCCGGCACCGCCGGUCAACCUGGAUCGAUCCGACGAGUACAACUCCACCUGGGACAUGUCGAUGACCUGGGACGGACCUCACGACUCGUCCGGCUUCCAAGGGCUCGACACACCCGUUUCGCCACCGCACUACGAGCGGAAAGGCGAUCGCAAUACGAACGUGAUCGAGUACAUCGACGGCGUCAACGAGGACGGUCCGCUGCAGGACGUCGACCACCGGCAGCUGCCCAACAUGGCGCAGCUUCCGCCGGCCUUCAUGAAGGAAAAGGGCCGACUGAUGGACGUGGAUCACCGCAACCUGAUCUCGCUGACCGGUUCGCCCGGACCGUUGCUCUCGAACAAAUCCGCCCUCGACGAUCUGGAGAACGUGGACGAUGACGACGAAGACGACAUAUUGCUAACGGGAAAUAGACACAAAGGAGGCGAUUCAAAAUCCUCCGCCAAGCAGCCAACGCCAGUGCCAGCUCCGGUUUCACCGGUGGUCAACACUGCGAGCUCCAGCUCCUACUGGGCCAACUCCGGCGAUGUUGACCUCAGGUUUGGAAUUCCACCGGUGGCAGCAACGGCGGCAGCAUCUACAACAGUGCCAACGACGACGACGACAGCACCAUCAACGUUGUGCAGUAACAGCAACAGUAGCAUAGCGACGAACGCCACUUCCGAGUCCAAGGAUCUCGACAUGCGGAUACAGUCGAUGCAGAAGACGCUGGACUCGCACUUUGGCGAGGUGGGCUCAAUCGGGGGAGAUUCGAAGAGUGGCGACGAAGUGCCCGGCGGGUUGCAGUCGCUGCAGCUGCUCCAGACGCCGGCGUCGUUGCUCGAAAUUGACGAUUUUCUGCAAAACUUUGAGCGGGAAAACUUUGACAUGAGCAAACCGCCCUCGCAGCUGAUGAGCAACCAGGAGACCGAUUUGUCGCCCUCGCCGUCACCGCCGUCGCUGACGUCGUCACUAUCGAACGUGGCAGCUUCGACGCCCAGGAGGGGGCCACCGGCGCAGCCACAACGGCCGUCGAGUCAUGACGAUGCCUCGGACGAGCACAGGAAACCGGCGGACAACAACGAGAGCGUCGACAUGGACCUGUCCGAACCGGAGGAAUCGUUAGAACUCGACCAAAUGGCCGCAUCGGCCGCCCACAAUUCGUCGUCAGAGCUUCAAGAGGGCGGCGGCGGCGGCGGCGUCGGUGACAUCUACGAGGACUCGGCGGAACCGUACGAACCGUUCGAGGGUGAAGAUCCGGACGAACCGGUGCCGGAGUUUCCGGACGAGGCGGAAAUGGGAAUGGCGCAACCGAAUCAGCAACACCAGCAGCCGCCACCGUUGAUGGCGGAACCGAUCCAGCGGCCACCGUUGCUUCCGGAUCCGGCCGGGUUUCCACCACACUUUGCCUUUCAAGCACAACAGCAGCAGCAACAGCAACGGAACCAGUGGGAUCUGCCUCCGCCGAUGCCACCGCAGAUGAACAACUUUGGAGGAACGCCCGGCAUUCCCAGCCUGACGGAUCUGGCCAACUUUGGUGAGUUCCCGAGUCUUGCGGCCGGGCUGUCCAACAUGGGUUCGCCGCCGGGCAUGCCGCCGCACGUGUGGAACAACCAGUUCAACUCGCCGAACCGGGGACCGCCGCCGGGAAGCUUUGGAGGGUCGCCGUUUAACGGAGGCGGCAAUCGGGGGAACAACAACAACUUUAGAAACAACCAGUGGCAGGGAGGACCACGGGAUGGCGGUGGUGGUGGUGGACCGCGGCAUGGUUCGCCCUACUUCCGUGGGGGUGGUGGCCGAGGUAACUUCCGUGGGGGCAAGUUCCGAGGGGGAGGCGGCCAUCACAACAACAACAACAGGGGAGGCAAUUGGUUAGACUCGUUCAUUCGGAACGGAGGAGACGUGCUCCAGCUAAUCACUCAGUUUGCGCCCACUUUAGAGCAGCUGAACAAGAAGUGAUGGCGCGGAUAAAAAAAGAACUUUUUUUCUGGGACGAAACGGACUGGACCCGUUUCUUUUCGGUUGCACUUUCUGCACUGGCCAUUAUUAUUUGUUGACAAAUAAGUUUAGGACAUCGACGACUUUGGACUCGACUAGAUCUGCAGAAAACAAGAAAAAAGAAAAUCGCAAACUCUAAUUUUACAAGAUUGAGGGCACCAUCUUAUAAGAAAGGAGAGCAAACAAUGCAUUGCUAAUAUCUGAGAUAUUUUUGAGCGUGUAAAUACAAAUCUAUUACUACUAUUUAUACUAGUUUGCUGUACUAAGAGAAUGAACCAGAGAGGAAGACCAAAAUGGUUUGGUGUGUGUACGCGCGCGUGUGCAUGUUUUUCAUCAUCAUUAGAAGCGAGUGUUGAACGACAUGUCGUCCUUCCCCCCUCCCAUCUUUGUAGCAAUAGAGAGAGAGAGA